AUGACCAAAGUCGCUAUCAUCACCUACUCCUUGUACCACCACAUUGCUACUCUUGCCAAAGAAAUCCAAAAAGGUGUCGUUGCUGGCGGUCUCGAUGCUAACAUCUACCAGGUGCCUGAAACCCUCUCCGAGGACAUUUUGACCAAGUUGCACGCUCCUCCAAAGCCAGACUUCCCAGUUGCUUCUCCAGAGACCUUGACCGAAUACGACUACUUUAUCUUCGGUAUCCCCACCAGAUACGGUAACUUCCCAGCUCAAUGGAAGGCCUUCUGGGACGCCACAGGCGGAUUGUGGGCUAAAGGUGCUUUGCAGGGCAAAGUGGCCUCGAUCUUUGUUUCUACUGGUACUCCAGGUGGUGGACAGGAAACCACUGCCUUGAACUCGCUUUCCACCUUGACCCACCACGGUAUCAUUUACGUGCCAUUGGGUUACGGCAAGGCCUUCCCCUUGCUUACCAAUUUGGACGAGGUUCACGGUUCUUCUCCAUGGGGUGCUGGUACUUUUGCUGGAGCUGAUGGUUCCAGACAGCCUACUGAUUUGGAGAAGCAGAUUGCCCAUUACCAGGGUGACUACUUUGCCCAGACUGUCAAGAGAUUCAAGUAG